AUGACCUUGGCCCUAGCGCUGCUUGCGCUGCUGUCUUCGGUGCGCGCGGACUCGGUGCGGCGGCAGCUGAGGGUGACCUCGCAAGGCGAGAUCCAGGCAGCAGGCGCCGAUGACGCGGAGUUGAUCUCGCUGCUGCGGAAAUCCAAAGAUCUCUGCCCAAAAGGGGACAGGAGGUGCCUCGCCAUCCUCACCGAGCUCCGGCGUGCCCUGUGGCCCAGGAUCCAAGCGGAGACUGGCUGGACGGGAGCCGCCUGGUGGCCUACAGCUAUCGACGGAGAGGAGUUCGUAGGGCAGGUUUCGGAAUGCGCAGGCGGGUCCCGGAAGUUGUACUUCCGGCACAUCUGGAAGGCGGCGGGGCAGACAAUCUUCCGGAACUUGGAGAAGGUGAGCACUCCUGUGGUGCAGGCUGGUGCCCAGUACGAGGAGUUCUGCAGAGACUUUCAGGCGUCUCGCAACCACAGCCUCAUCACCUCCUUCACCUUUGUGCGUGACCCGUUGGUGCGCUUCAUCUCAGGCUAUGCGGAGAUCGAGCAUCGCAUGGAGCAAGGCCAGGAGGCGUACCAGCACUUGAAGCUUUCCCUGGGCAAGUAUUCCAGAGGAAGCAGUGACCGUGGCAAAGCCUUCUUCGAGGAGUUCUUGAGGAAUGCAAUUAAUUAUGAUGGCCACGUGAAGCCUCAGAGCGAGUUCCUGGCCCCGGUGGCGGGGUGCGGGGUGCCUUUGGACUUCAUCGGCCGCACCGAGCGCUUCGCGCAGGACUGGAGAAAGCUGCUAGCAGCCCUGCACUGUGACAUUGCGACAUUGCCUUUCGACAGCUCUCUCGGCUUCAUGUCCUGUCCGUGCCGAGGCCUGCAUCCAAAUGACAACCAAGACAAGACGGCCUUGCAGCAGGGCGCCCUGAGCUUGUUCAAGGUCGCCAGUGACAGCCACAUGGCCAUGGAGGCCGCUAUGGCGGAGAAUGGGGGCGCGUACCUGCGAGGCCUUUGCUGGCUGCUGCUUCCGGAUUUCGCCAUCCUGGACUAUGAUCUGCCGGAGGGAUGCCGGGAAGGAAGCCUGCUGACCCUCCUGCAGAGCGUGAGGCAGUGGCAACUGCAGCCAGGCUCCGUCGCCGAUUCCCCGCCAACUCCGGCACCAUCUGCAGCUGAGAAGCGGCCCACGGCGGAACGGAGCGAAGUGGCAAGGAGGGAGCAGGCCAGAAGAGAAGAGCCUAAGCCGCAGGCUCAGGCGGGAGCGAUCAGCCACAGCCCGGUCUCAGAGGAGGCGAAGACAAGACUGGCGCAGCAGCUUAGGAGGAAGAUCAUGGCAGAAGAGCUGAAGCGCAAGGCGCAAGAAGAUGCCCAACGAGCUGCGCGGAUCGCGGAGGCCUCGAGAGUAGCCGUGCAGUCGCACAUCCGCACGCACGGGACGGACGACUGA